AUGAAUUUGUGCAACAUAACUUUCUCCUAUUUAACUCUCGGUUACUGAUAACUUCAACAACGCUGCUUGAAUUAUUUCCCUCUCACUCUUUCCCCUCCAACAUGUCCCUCCUUAUCAAAAUCCUCGCAACCCUAGGCUCCCUAACCCUCGCCUCCCAAACCCUCAAACUCCUCACCUUCCUCAAAUUCUGGCUCCGCCCCUCCACCCUCUCCCUCUACCACUACCCACUAUCCUCCCAGCCGCCCUGGGCCUUCAUAACCGGCUCCUCAGACGGAAUCGGACUCGGCCUCGCCCUCGAGCUUGCCCACUCCGGCUUCAAUAUCCUCCUCCACGGCCGCAACCCCACCAAACUGUCCGCCGCUCAAUCCACCAUCCUCGCCGAAUGUCCCAACAUCCAGGUCAAAUACAUUGUCGCCGACGUGUGUCUGCCCGGUGAUCAAAUGCUGCAGAAAAUCCAAGAGAUAAAAGACCAGGUGAAAGACCUCCAUGUCACGAUCUUGGUAAAUAAUGUCGGCGGCCCAGCACCAGGCAUGGUUCCAUUGUACAAAACGAUGCAGCAAACGCAAGACUGGGAAAUCGACGGCCAGAUCGCGAUGAACAUCCGAUUUACCUGCCAUCUUACCUCGGCGCUGAUCCCGCUUCUUCCUAACCCGGCUCUGAUCCUCAAUAUCGGAUCCGUGUCGGAUGUUGGAUUGCCGUAUAUCGCGAUGUAUUCGGGCGCCAAGGGAUUUGUGGAUUCGUGGACUAGGGCCCUGAGUAGGGAGAUGAGGGCUGAGAAUAGGGGGAUCGAGGUUUUGUGUAUAAGGCCGAUGAAAGUUACGGGUACGAGUUUUCGGAAGGAGAAGGGGGAGUGGGGGAUGCCUGAUUCGAGGACUUUUGCUAAGGGGACGUUGGGGAGGGUUGGUGGGGGGAGGGUGGUUACAGAGGGAUACUGGGUUCAUAGCAUCAGGGUUGGGAUGAUCGAUCUGUUGCCGGAAUGGAUCUUGAUGAAGCAUAUUGUCAAGACUAUGAAGGAGGAAGCAGAGAAGGAUAAGAAAAGGGAGUGAGUUGAAGAAGAGAAACUUGAGGAUGUGUUUGGAGCUCUCAAUGUUCUUUAAAAGCAAAUACGCAUCAGACAAGAGAGCAUGCAUGUAUAGAGAGGAGGGUGUGUAUUCAAUGCGAUGCAUCUGAAGAAUAGCAGGAGUGGCUAAAGUUAGACCCCGAGUUUUGGUAGCGAGCAUACCUAAAUAUAGGUACCU